GCCGACCCCUUUCAUCUUUCAUGCAACGUCACUUCACACUCUCCUUAUAUAUGAAGAUCUGGCCUUGCUUUGAUUUCUCUCUGCUUAACCUUUUCGUAGAAUACAGUUCGAAGAACAUGAAAGGCAAAUAUACCCACAGACCCCCUUCCGCGCAGUCCGCCCACACAGGGUAUGACGCCGGCCCGAGCUACCAGUCCCGCAAUCAGCCCCAGAGCCAAUCGAUGCUGUCAACCGCCUCAUCAUCUAGUAACACGGCGAACGAGAUCUCAGCUAUGAAAUCAAUGGUCCCCGCCAUUGACUUUGACCUCAGCGCUUUGUCCAUUCCAUGGGACAUUCCUCACAUCGACAAAGUCGACUUCAGCGAGCUGGACAAUCCUUCUGUACCUGAAACCGUCACAAGGCUGUACUUCAUUCGGCCAAAGAAUGGCUACGAUGACGAUCAAACCAGUUGCAUAUAUGAGAAGCUCUCCAGCAUCGUCGGAAGACGUUCAAUUUUGAUGGCUCCCGUCGGGGAUGCGGGAGGAAUCGACUUUUGGAAAGCAGACCUUACCAAAACUCAAGUCACCCAAGUGCGCAACAUCGCAGAGGUCGCAUCAGUGGAUUUGGAUAGCUAGGGUCAUAAUGCGUUUGAUUGAAUUUCCACGUACAUUUUAAGUUUGCUUGACAGGGGUGGAGAUUGUUCAAACGGCUCGGUUUGCUGCCAGCGUCGCCGACAUCUGGAAAUAUGCAGCCUCGCCGCCAGUAACCAUUCCCUUCACCGUUUCUGCAUGACCAUAUGUCACCGACAGUUCCUAGUGUUGCAGAGC